GUCCGACCGCGAACAACUGCAAACGCGCCACUACUUCUGCCGCGAUAUUCUAGCUUGUAGUGUGAUCGACCGACCGCCAGGCGCCGCGCCGGUUGACCUAUUUAUUGGAAAUCUACGGAUUGAUUUUUAGCAGGGAAUUUCGCGAACUCAUCGUUAUUAUCUAUUCUACCGAGUAGUGAAAGUGAAAAGGUGUAAUUCGUGCAUGGAAGAUGAAACGAUGAAUCAUUUGAAUACGGAUGAAUAAAACUCGUAAUUGCAGCGGUAUAAAAUGUGUUUGUGACAAAAGAACAAUCGUGAACUUCCGAAUGAUGAUCAAUGGAAAAAAGUUCAAUCAAAAGCGGUGGUAAAAUUUAUCCGCUCAGUGACUAUUUGUUAAUUCGCGCCAACGGCCAAAAAUAGUGAUAAAAUCCCACCGAAAAAAGAGGAAUCCGCCGUUCCGGUUUGGUGUAUGUUAUCCGCGUUCUGAAUGGAUAGCUCGCGGAAGCCGGAAAAGAAGAAUCCCCGCAAGGGGGCAUUCUUCUUGUCGCAGCUGCUGUACGGCUGGCUUUUGCCGCUGUUCUUCAAAGGAUGCCGCCGAGGACUCAGCAAAGACGAUCUCACCAAGUGCCUUAAGGAAGACAAAUCGGAGGAUCUGGGCGACAGAUUGGAAGAACAAUGGGAAAAGGAAAUCGUUCGAGCCCGGAGGAAAAACCGCCCACCUAGACUUCGUGACGCUCUCUUCCGAACAUUUUACAAGCAGUGCUUAUUCGACGGUUUCCUGGUGUUUUCAUUCGUAUUAAUCAAAUCGAUUUUACCAUUGGUUUUAGCGCAACUGCUAAUCCAGUUCCAAGCGCCGUUAAACACAACGCAUCUGACCACACCAAGUACCGAUACGGUUUCCACGCCGCCAGUUCCUGAUGUCUUCCUUACAACCACGUUGCAUUUUCUACAGGACCACGACUCGAAUGACACCAACGUCGAUCGCAUACGCCGUAGCAUAGCUGACGGAAAACAUUCAAUCGGCCAGAAUCAUCUUAAGCCGCAAGACUACGGCGAUGAUGAUUACAGUGUCGGCCGAGACGAGGGAUACGAUGACCUCGAAGAGGAAGAAGGCCCAACCAAGGAGCGCAAGUUGACAAGCGUAGCUGACUUUAUCGAUUACGCGUGGAACGAUGCCCACUGGUUGGCGGGAUUAUUGGUACUACUGACAUUGCUGGGAUGUUUCUGUAAUCAUCACUCCGAUCUGAGGCAACGAUUGGUCGGAGCGCGGAUGAGAAUUGCUUGCUGCUCGGCAAUCUAUCGGAAAACCUUGCGUAUGUCGAAGAAAGCCGCCGGACAAACACCGGCCGGCUAUCUGAUCAAUCUGCUAUCGAACGACGUCAGCCGGUUGGACUAUGGAUUUAUAUUUUUACAUUACGUCUGGGUGUUGCCGUUUCAGGCAGUUUUCACGUGCUACCUUAUCUGGAGGCAAGUACAAUGGGCAGCAGUGGUUGGAGUCGUUGGUCUUCUGCUGAAGACCAUUCCAGUUCAAACGGGACUUGGGCGACUGCAGUCGGUUCUACGGAUGCGUGUAGCCAAGCGAACUGAUCAACGAGUGGGUAUAAUGAACGAACUGAUCCAAGGUAUUCAGGUGAUCAAGAUGUACGCUUGGGAGAAACCUUUCCACACGGUUGUUUCGUUGGCUCGUAAAAAGGAAGUCCGCCAGAUUCGGUGGGCAUCGUACAUUCGCGGGAUCUAUCUCAGUACGAUGAUGUUUACUGAAAGAUCUACGCUUUUCAUAGCGAUCGCAACUUGCUAUUUUGAGGGUCGCCCAAUCACGGCAGAUAUUGUGUUUCCUAUGGCACAGUUUUUCAAUAUUCUCCAGUUAACGGCGGCCAUUUUCUAUCCAUUGGCUAUUUCACUUGGUGCGGAAGCUUUGGUGUCGAUUGAUAGAAUUCAAGAGUUUCUUGGUAUGGAGGAACAAGACAAAAAGAUGAUUGGUUUGAAGAAGAACGAGAAUGAACUGGUGAAAGUGUGCCCUACUGUAGCCGUAGAAUUCAACAAUGUUUCCGCCAGUUGGGAGAAUAAUAAGGACAGAACAUUGAAGGAUUUAAAUCUCACAGCAAAAACUGGGCAAUUGUUGGCAGUUAUCGGGCCCGUUGGGGCUGGCAAAAGCUCCUUACUUCAGUUAAUUUUGGGCGAGUUGCCCAUACUCAACGGGACGGCGAACAUCAACGGAGAAGUCUCGUACGGCUGCCAAGAACCGUGGCUGUUUACGGGAACAGUUCGGAGCAAUAUCCUAUUCGGUCUAACCUAUGACCGCAAACGUUACCAAGAGGUUGUGAAACACUGUGCCUUAUUGACAGACUUUGAACAGCUUCCGGAUGGAGAUAAAACAGUUGUGGGAGAACGCGGAACCUCACUCUCAGGUGGACAGCGCGCUAGGGUGAACUUGGCUCGUGCUGUGUACAAGAAUGCUAACAUCUAUCUGCUGGAUGAUCCACUUAGUGCCGUUGAUACCCACGUUGGGCGCCAUCUGUUUGAUGAAGUUAUGGGUCCUAGAGGUUAUUUGGCAAAACAACAAGCAACCAGGAUUUUAGUAACCCAUCAGGUUCAUUUCCUAAAGGAAGCUGAUUGGAUUAUCAUAAUUGAUAGUGGAAAAAUACUAAUGCAAGGAACAUAUCAGGAGUUGUCCAACAGUGAUUUGGACUUCACGAAAUUGAUGGGCUCUUCCGAAGAGAAUACCGACAGCAUUGAGGACGAAGAGGUAGAAGAAGUAGCAGAUGAAGAAAUUCCUUUCAUUGAUGGUGUAAAGGGCGAGAGUCAUAAAUUGCUUAAGAGCUCAACGUCCGUAGGGGCGCGAGGUUCGAUGUCAUGUGCUUCUAGCGUUGCCGAAGACCUAGGUCGAACUGUCAAUGAAGAUCAAGCAGAAGGUACCCUAGCACUACGAGUGUGGACUACGUAUUUCCUAGCAGGCGGAAACGUCUGUCUUCUUCUGUUCACCGCUUUUAUGCUGGUUUUCUCGCAAGUAGUGGUCAGUGGAUCGGACUACUUUGUAACAUACUGGACACGUCAAGAGGAGCGUCGCAUUCGUGACCUACCGGUAGAUUAUUCUACCGAAGAUUUGCUCAUAUCCUAUGGUAUUAUCAUUAUUGGAGUUGUAACCUUCACUAUCUACCGAGGAUACCUGUUCUUCAACAUAUGCAUGAAGGCUUCGCGCACUUUGCACGAUCGUAUGUUUGCGAAGAUCCUCGCGGCUCCGAUGAGAUUUUUCGACACCAAUCCUUCGGGACGUAUCCUGAAUCGUUUCUCGAAAGAUAUGGGCGCUAUUGAUGAAUUACUACCGAAAGCGAUCAUGGAUGCUGUUCAGGUGCUGUUGGUAAUGGUCGGUAUUCUGGUAGUGAUCGCCAUGAUGAAUCCUAUUCUGCUGGUGGCUCUUUUGGGCGCGAUUGUUCUGUUCGCGAUAGUGCUCAAACUGUAUCUAAGGCCUACACAGGAUCUCAAACGGCUGGAAGGAAUCACGCGAAGUCCUGUCUUUUCGCAUCUGUCGGCAACUUUGACCGGCCUUUCAACGAUUCGAGCAAAUGAAGCCCAACAGAAGAUCACUCAGGAGUUCGAUGCACUGCAGAACGUACACUCUGCUGUCUGGCAGCUGACCAUGUCCAGCAAUGCCGCUUUGGGAUUGUGGCUGGAUUGCAUCAGCACUGCGUUUGUCGCCUGUGUAACAUUUAGUUUCAUAGUGAUGCAUGGAGAAACUUUCAGCGCCAAUGUUGGUUUGGCCAUUUCCCAGGCAAUGAUUCUUACCGGUAUGGUUCAGUACGGUAUACGUCAAACAGCGGAAUCUAUCCAGCAAAUGACUUCGGUCGAACGCGUGAUUCAGUACACAGAGAUCCCAUCGGAAAAUGAUCCUCCGAAGAUUCCGCCAAGCGAUUGGCCUUGGCGUGGUCACAUAGAGUUCCGUGACAUGUCAUUGCGGUACGAUGCCAACAGUCCCCCGGUAUUGAAGCACUUGGAUCUGACGAUUGCACCAACCUGGAAGGUUGGAAUUGUCGGACGAACCGGAGCAGGGAAGUCAUCUUUGAUAGGAGCACUGUUCCGUUUGGCACCGAUAGAGGGAAAAAUACUGAUUGAUGGUAUUGAUACCGGCAUUGUGUCGUUGGAGUCUCUGCGAUCAAAGAUCUCUAUUAUACCUCAGGAUCCAGUGCUGUUCAGCGCUACAAUUCGGUACAAUCUAGAUCCUUUCAAUCUGUACGACGACGACAGUCUUUGGACAGCGAUCACCGAAGUGGAGCUCAGAACGGCUAUUAGUGGUUUAGACUACAUGGUUACAGAAAGUGGUUCAAAUUUCAGCGUUGGACAAAGGCAAUUGAUCUGUCUAGCUAGAGCAAUCCUAAGAAAUAACAAAAUCUUGGUGCUUGAUGAAGCCACAGCGAAUGUUGAUCCUCAAACCGAUGCCCUCAUUCAGAAGACAAUCCGAGAAAAGUUCAAAAAGUGCACGGUUUUGACCGUGGCCCAUCGAUUACACACCGUUAUGGAUUCGGAUCGAAUCCUAGUGAUGGAUGGGGGUGAGGCACGCGAAUUCGACGUACCGCACAUACUUCUUCAGCAGGAGGGAGGUGUACUGAGGGACAUGGUGGAAGCAACCGGUCCAUCCGAAUCUGAAUCUCUAAAACGCAUUGCAGCGGAAACGUACGCUGCGAUGGACCCCAACCGGCAUCUACUGAACGGCCUGCCAAAUCCUUGGCGUUUUAGCAAGGAAGGCCAAUAAGCAAGAGAUUUAAUUAUUUUUCAUCUAUUUUAUUACCUCUUAAGAGUAAAAUCAAACCAAAUUUUGAUAAGAAAGGCGGAAACAAGUUUACAUAGUCGUUAAGUUUUUCGAUAAAUAUUUACAUUGUUUAAAUGUAAUGAAAGCUAUGAAUUAAGCACGAUGAACAAUAAAUUGUCUGCUCCGCAAAAUAAA